GAAAAUAAUCUCUCAACAGAAGCUGAGUUUGUAGAAAUUGAAAAUAUUCUUCGUGCAAUAAAAGCUAAUUCAGGAGCCAUUCCUGAUACACCAUCCCAAAAAUCUAAAACAGAUUCAUAUUGUUGA